AUGGAUUUGAAAACAGUCCUCACGUUGGUUGCUGUGGUGCUGGCCGCCAUCCCAAGCGUUCCCAUGGACGCCACAGGGGCGCACAAGGAAUUCGACGUCCUCGCCAUUUUUGCAUUUGGAGACUCGUUGGGUGAUGCCGGAACCAACAGUUUCAUCCCCCAAGCCUCAGCCAGGGCCGAUUUCCUACCAUGCGGCAAGACGUUCUUCAGGAAACCCACAGGGCGCUUCACCAACUGCCGGACCGUUGUGGAUUUCACAGAGUGUGAUGGUCAGGCUCCUGAUCACUUCAUGCUGUUUCAUGAGCUUUCAACUGGAUGGUGCUCAAAUCAUGUGAGCAACACGGCCCUGAUGAACUUGCAACGUGUUAAAACAGCUCAAAAGUUGGACCUCCCACUCACGCCACCGUUCUUGAAGCCUCACGCUUCCUUCACCAAAGGCGUCAACUUCGCCUCAGGCGGCAGGGGGUUACUGGACUCCACCAGCGCGGAUGAUUUCGUAAGUCCACGUCCCAUUCCCCGGGUCUCGAGGUUGCGCAUAGAAUCGGCUUCGUGCUUCAUUGGCAAAGCUCUUGAGAAUAACGGUUCCACAAGUGCCGUGAGGUGUGAUUGA